AAAUAAAAUAUCUAAAUCAAACUUGAAAAAAAAAAAAAAAAACUCUACUGCUUUAUCCGAAAAGAAAGGAAAACUGAGUACAGUAACCCAAAGCUUAUCCUUUCGGCGGCACCAAUUUGAACGAACACAUUACGGUUGUUUUUGAAGUAACCAAAUUCCCAGUUUUUGUUCAAUGGCAGUCUCCACUUCUUUUCUACCCCCCAUCUCCUUCAAUCCUAUCUCUUCAUCAUCAUCAUCAUCAUUUAUGGGUCCUGCUCUGGUAAAAACCCAUCAUCAAGGUAGCUUUAUUAUGGGUCAGUUUAGACGGUUGGUUAUCAACUGUUCAGCUUCUUCUGAUAUGGGUGCCUCCCCACUCCCAGACCCCAUGAACUUGAGACAUAAUAACAUGUCAUCUAUGGCUCCCUUUGGAAUGCAAAUAAAUGAGAAACCAUCUUAUAAAUGGCGAAGGGUUUUGCUUAAAGUAAGUGGGGAAGCACUAGCGGGAGAUCACUCCCAAAAUAUUGACCCAAAGGUUACGAUGGCUAUUGCUAGGGAGGUUUCAUCAGUGACACGCCUGGGCAUUGAGGUUGCAAUUGUGGUUGGUGGGGGUAAUAUUUUUCGUGGAUCCUCUCGGGCAGGAUGUAGUGGACUUGACCGUUCAUCUGCUGAUUACAUCGGAAAUCUUAUCCGUCUCUUAUGUGCAUUCUUUUUGCUCCCCCCCCCCCAAAGAAUGUUAGCAACUGUAAUGAAUGCUAUAUUUCUUCAAGCAACAAUGGAGAGUAUCGGCAUCCCAACACGUGUCCAGACUGCAUUUCGUAUGUCAGAGGUUGCUGAACCAUAUAUACGUAGAAGGGCAGUGAGGCAUUUGGAGAAAGGGAGGGUCGUCAUUUUUGCAGCUGGAACUGGUAAUCCAUUCUUCACCACUGAUACUGCUGCAGCCCUUCGUUGUGCAGAAAUCAAUGCGGAAGUUGUGCUGAAGGCAACAAAUGUUGAUGGGGUUUAUGAUGACGAUCCUAGGCAUAAUCCAAAUGCCCAGCUUCAUGAUACACUGACAUAUCAUGAGGUGACUUCAAAAGAUCUCUCGGUGAUGGACAUGACCGCCAUUACUCUGUGCCAAGAAAAUAACAUUCCUGUUGUUGUCUUCAAUUUAACGAAAUCGGGUAAUAUCGCAAAAGCAAUAAAGGGAGAAAGAGUUGGUACAUUGAUCGGCGGAACAUGGAACUCAACUGUCGCAACAACAUGAAGAUACUUGAUGCAGUUGCCUAUCCAUGUAGUGGGUUUUCAUCUUCAGAAAAGAAAAACGAGAGAGAGCGAAAGUAUUUGAUGGUGUAAUUCAUUGCUCAAGCAUGAGCUUAAUGAGAGCUUAUCCAGGGGAAGUUACCUGGAGCUCGCAUUUGAAAAACCGAAGAUGAAAAACUGAAGCAUGAAAUUCAAUGUACUAUUUUGACUGACCAGCAUAAUUUUCAUUGUUGGCUUGUUUGAGAAUUGUAGGCUGUAGCAAUCUCAAUCAAUCAAGUAAUUCUUCAGUGAGUUAUGAUACUUUUA